AUGAGAAUAAUGGAUUCAAAACAAAAAUCUACAACUCAAAAGGAAUCAUUGUCAACGUUAACAACUUAUUAUUUACUUAUCUAUAAUAGUAUUCUUACUGUUGGAUGGACAUUUAUCUUAUAUGAAACAAUAAAACAAGUAAUUUCUUAUAAAUCAGUAGAUGAUUUAUGGAAAUGUCAUGGAUUAUGGAAUGCUAUUGAAAUACCACUUAAAAUUUGUCAAACAGCUGCUUUUCUUGAAGUCGUACAUGCUAUGUUUGGUCUUGUUCGAUCAAAUCCAAUGAUUGUUUUUAUUCAAAUUAUCUCUCGUGUUUUUCUUGUUUGGGGUGUAGCUAAUUAUAUUCCACAUAAUCUCAUGGCAUCAUCAAUAACUACUAAUCUAACGGAAACUUUAAAUUCAACAAGUACAACAUUAAAUUGUUAUUUUUCAUUAUUUAUUUUUUUCUUUGGCACUAUUGGUAAUAUUCUUAAUAUACUUGUUUUAACACAACGAUCAUUUCGUUCAAAUGCAUGUGUAUUUUUAUUUAUGAUUUCAUCUAUUGCUAAUCUUAUAUCAAUAUUAUCUGGUUUAACACCGAGAAUAUUAUCUAGUUGGCAAUUAGAUUUAACAGCAACAAAUGAUAUUCUUUGUAAAUUACGUGCUUUUAUUAUGUUUACAUCAAGAACAAUUGCAUUAAGUUUAAUUAUGUUAGCAACUAUUGAACGAUGGUUAUUAUCAUCAAAAAAUGCUCAAUAUCGACAAUUAAGUUCAUUAAAAAAUGCUCAAAAAAGUUCUUUAAUUAUUAUUAUUAUUUCAAUUCUUUUAUAUAUACAAAUGCUUUAUUGUUAUAAAGCAAAUCUUAUAAAUACACCAUUAAAAUGUUAUGGUAAAACAGUAGCUUGUCGUCUUUUAACUGAUAUAACUUAUGCAUGUUUUACUAUUUUAUUUCCUUUAAUAUUAAUGACAAUAUUUGGUAUAAUGACAAUAUCUAAUAUACGUAAAGUACGAACUUGUAAACAACCUAGAAGAAUACUUCAAGAACAAAAUUUAGAUCAGAAAGUUUUAAUAUUGCAAAGAUUAACAAAAAAACGAUGGAAAAAACUUGAUCGUUAUUUACAACGAAUGCUUUUAUUACAGGUUAUUUCACUUAUUUUAUUAACUUUUCCACAAGCAAUUCAUAAAAUAUAUUUUACAUUAACAUCAAAUAAAUUUAAAUCACAAUUAGAAUAUGAUUUUGAUCGUUUUUUAUAUAAUUUUGAACUUCUUUUACCUUUCUUAGAAAGUGCUUUACCAUUUUAUAUUUAUACAUUAGCCGGUGGAAAAGUAUUUCGUGAUGCAUUAGAAAAACUAUUUCGCUCAAAAAGAAAUAAUUAA